AUGAGUAAAACCGACCUAUCAUACUGCUUCUUGGUUGAAUGGUUUGAUGCGAUAUCAUCUUUGAUUAAAAGAUUUAAACUGAUAUAUCACACAAAGAUUUCUUCUGUGGAAAUGCAUGAAGAGAAAACUAAUAGGCUUUUUCUCAAACCUACUAGGAUUGAAGGGCUGAAAAUAUCUGACUUUUAUCUAGGCAGUACAGUCACUAUACUUUCUCGCUCUCUAAAGAUUGUGGACUAUGGAGAUGAGACCACUAAACGUGAAUUUUUAAGUCGUUCAGAAAGAUGUGUUGUUUUUAUCCCUCCAGCCUCUGUUUUCAGAGCUGGUCAAAUAUUAGGAAUGCUGGAGGACAAAUCGCUGCGAAUCAUUAAUCUGAAAAUGGUGCGGUUAAUAUCAGACGAAUUAAAAUCCCUUUUAGAUAACAACACGAGCCUUUCAAACAUGUCUAAAUUAUUAACCGAACUAACUGGAAAGGACCUUAUCGCUCUGGAAGUAAUGGGUACAAAUGUUUGCUCACUCCUAUACGAAUUUAUUUAUGGACCAAAGGAAACUAGUGAAAACAUUUUAUCCAAUCCUGAUUUAUUCAUGGUCACAUCAAAUAUCAGUGACUCAUUAAAACUAGCCCAUAAAAUAUUUGGAAAUCCCGGUGGACCAAAUUUUCAUGGAGCGGCAUUACUAAAUAACACAACAUUGUGCGUUAUACGACCACAUGCAGUAUCUGACGGUCUUACUGGGAAAAUUUGGAGUGCAAUUACAGAAAGAGGAUUUAGCGUGACUGCAGCUAGUUUGCAUCGUUUAUCGAAAGCAGAUGCAGCUGAUUUCUUAGAGAUUUAUAAAGGUGUAGUACAAGAAUAUCCAGAGAUGUUGGAUCAGCUGUCUUCAGGACCCUGUAUAGCAUUAGAAAUAGAUAUUCCAGACCCCAAUGUAAAUGUCCAUCAAGCUUUCCGGGAGUUCGCUGGACCAAUAGACCCAGAAAUCGCCAAGUACUUACGACCGGAUACACUAAGAGCUAGAUUCGGAGUUAAUAAAGUCAAGAAUGCUAUUCAUUGCACUGAUUUACCUGAGGAUACUGAACGUGAAGUUAACUACUUUUUCAAUAUCCUGGACAAGUAA